CCACAGCUGAAACUGACUUCCGCAAUCCUGAUGGAAUAAAUCCAGCACCCCUAGUCAUCCGCCCACAUAUCUACACUCCCCAGCGAACGGAGCCCAGAGCAGAUUCCUAUCAGCAGGAUGUGGGGGCUCAAGUUUCUUCUGCUGCUGCCCAUGGCAAGCUUUGCUCUAUAUCCUGAGGAGAUACUGGACACCCAGUGGGAGCUAUGGAAAAAGACCUACGGCAAGCAGUACAACAGCAAGGUGGAUGAAAUCUCUCGGCGUUUAAUUUGGGAAAAAAACUUGAAGCAUAUUUCCAUUCAUAAUCUUGAGGCCUCUCUUGGUGUCCAUACAUAUGAACUGGCCAUGAACCACUUGGGGGACAUGACCAGUGAAGAGGUGAUUCAGAAGAUGACUGGACUCAAAGUACCUCCCUCUCAUUCCCGCAGUAAUGAUAGCCUCUAUAUCCCAGACUGGGAAAGCAGAGCCCCAGACUCCAUUGAUUAUCGAAAGAAAGGAUAUGUUACUCCUGUCAAGAACCAGGGUCAGUGUGGUUCCUGUUGGGCUUUUAGCUCUGUGGGUGCCCUGGAGGGCCAACUCAAGAAGAAAACUGGCAAACUCUUAAAUCUGAGUCCCCAGAACCUGGUGGACUGUGUUUCUGAAAAUGAUGGCUGCGGAGGGGGCUACAUGACCAAUGCCUUCCAGUAUGUGCAGAAGAACCGAGGCAUUGACUCUGAAGAUGCUUACCCAUAUGUGGGACAGGAUGAAAGUUGUAUGUACAACCCAACAGGCAAGGCAGCUAAGUGUAGAGGGUACAGAGAGAUCCCUGAGGGGAAUGAGAAGGCCCUGAAGAGGGCAGUGGCCCGAGUGGGACCCAUCUCUGUGGCCAUUGAUGCAAGCCUGACCUCCUUCCAGUUUUACAGCAAAGGUGUGUACUACGAUGAAAACUGUAAUAGCGAUAACCUAAACCAUGCAGUGUUGGCAGUGGGAUAUGGCGUCCAGAAAGGAAACAAGCACUGGAUCAUUAAAAACAGCUGGGGAGAAAACUGGGGAAACAAAGGCUAUAUCCUCAUGGCUCGGAAUAAGAACAACGCUUGUGGCAUUGCCAACCUGGCCAGCUUCCCCAAGAUGUGACUUCAGCCAGCCAACCUCAUCCUGCUUUCCCGUUCCUUCCACGAUGGUGCGACAUCCUGAUGUACUUUGGAAGGGAGUUGGUGUGCAUUUCUUGAAGCAGAUGUAGCAAUAUAGAGAUUGUCCAUUCAGUUUCUCCAUUUGUGCUUCAAGGGACACCCCUACUACUCUCCUUCUCUCCAUCCAAGGCCUUUAUUUUUCACUGUGGCCACAGUAGGAAUUUCCCUAGAAAGAUUCUCAUUCAUAGUGUGUAAUUAGCUUUAACCACCUAGAAGACUAAGGUGACCUGACCUCUCAGUCUCCAAGUUCACUUCUUUUAUAUCCUGAAGAUAGAAAUUUCUGUUUUCCACCCCAAUUCAUAGAUCUUUGGUACAAAUUUAUGUGAUACAAGAAAUGUGUUUUCUUUUUCCUUCUUUGCAUUUUUAAAGUAAGCCAAGUAUUUAUCUCUUAUCUCUAAUUUAAUAAAUACCUAUUUAGUAAACAUUCA